AUAAAGUGCCAAGAAUUAAAAGGCAUGUCAGUAAUAAAAACGUCCAUCAGUCCAACAUGAAUUGAGCCCAACAUAAGAAGUGCAAAAACAAAUAUUAGCGCAUCAUUCAGUCAAAAGAAUGUCUAUUUUUUAGUAUCUCUCUUGCAGUUGUAUCUAGUUUUAGACCGUCCGAGGAUGAUUUAUGAUAGAAACAUUAGAUUUACGGCUGCUGUCUCUAAGCAACGGGACGCCUAGCUGUUAGCUACCUGCUGCAGUCUGCGACAACACAACGAGUCAUCGUUAUAUCGACGGAACCAAACAAAACGCGACUUUUAGUCAAAAUUAUGUUUGAAUCUAACAGCUUACUUUGGUUUUGACAGAGUAGCCUGUGGAUAACCUUACCUUAGUCCUACUGGGUUACAGAAUAUAUAUAUAUAUAUGUAUAUGUACUUAUAUAUGUAGCUACUGACUAGCUGAUUAAAGCUAAUGCUGCCUUCCAGUACUAUCGGAAAUGUUUGUAUUAUGGAAGAUACUUGGAGUGAACGUUCAUUCUUGACCAUGGAAAUAGUAAUGACAAACACUCUCAGCUCAAGGUCUGCUUACUAAUUUCAGUUUUAUUCCAAUUUUCCUAAUUGACACCAUACUUGACUCAACAAACUCGUGCAUUACACUUGGACAGAAGUGAGCAAAGUUUUUAAUAGGGGUGUAGCUAUACGCGACUGUUAGGAGGAGUACCUGAAGGCAGCAUAUCCUGUAGCUGUAGAUGCAGUUAGCCGGUAGGAGACCGCAGCAUCACCCAAACACAAUGACAUAAAACACGCAUCAGUUUAUUUUUAUGUACGAGACGACGGGGAAGAAUAUCUCCGACACCAGAUAAAGAUGAGCCGCUUCUGCUCGGACAACAACAACUUUCCUUACGACAACAACGUCCUGGUGUUGGACAUGGUGCUGGGCUCUCUGUGGGGAGUGCCGCAGCCCAUAAACUGGGACAAUGUAGCCAAGCUGGUUCCAGGAUUCACUCCCAAGGAGUGUUCCCGUCGCUUUGAGGAGCUGAAAAGCACCGGGGGUUUUCCUCACGUUGACAACCAGUGUAAUGACCUGACAGAGGGAAACACCUCGCCUCCAGAUGGCCUGUCCACGCUGCUGCACACCGGGGAGGUGGUGGAGACAGGAAGCAGCCAGAGCGCCAGCAAAGUUACAGGCUCCAAAUCGACACCCUCAGGAAGGACUGGUGCUGUGGAGAAGAGGGAGAAACGAGCCUCAGUAGAGGAAGAUGACAAACCUCAGAAGCCCAGAGAUCCCAACAUGGUCAUCCAUGUGUGCGACGAGACCAAAAACCUGAAACAGGACUUCACAUGUCCCAGAGAUCUCCUGGUGAAAGAGAUGCGCUACUUUGCCGAGUAUUUGUCUGUGGACGCCCAGAGGUGGGAGGAGGUGGACAUCUCCGUUCACUGCGACGUUCAGAUCUUCGACUGGCUCAUGAACUACGUCAGGAGGAACUCAGCCGGAGAGGGAAACAAGGACAAACCCCGGCUCGAGCCCAGCAAUGUGAUCUCAAUCCUGAUCUCCUCCGAGUUCUUGAAGAUGGAUACGUUAGUGGAGGAGUGCAUCCAGUACUGUCACAAACACAUGAGCGCCAUCGUGGCCACGCCCUGCAACAUGAACUGCAUCAACAGCAACCUGGCAACACGCAUCGCCGAGCUCUUCAACCACAACGAGGCAGACGACAUCAGAGACAAAAAAGACAAGUUCAAGAGCAAAUUGUUUCAAAAGAAAAUUGAGCGUCUCUUUGACCCAAACUACCAGAGCAGAGAUUCACCGAGAAACGCCUCCACUCUCUAUCGGUGUGGUCUGUGCCUUAAGAUGCUGACCAAAGACACAGAGAACAAGAUCUCUUGUGUUGCAGGGAAAAUCAACAUUGACGCUCGAGGAGAGAUCAUCUAUACACACCCGAGGCAGAAGAACUGGGAUGUGCAUGAAUACAUCACUAGUCUGUAUGAGGAGCUCAAGUCCUGGGUCCUGGUCUACUGGAGAAUCUGGGGUACCGUCAACUACCUCACCUGCUCCCGAUGCCAACAGGAGUUUGUGUGUGCAGAGCUGACCCAUUGUAAGUACCAUCCAGACAGUGUGCUGUACCCUGGCAUGGGUACAGAGAAAGGCUGGCAUGGUGCAGGAAUCUACCCCUGCUGCAACCAGAGGGUUCUCCGCUUUGACCCCACUGGUAUGCCCAAGGGCUGUAAGAUGCGAGACCACAUAGUGAACAUGCCGGAUGAGGAGAGCUGUGACGAGGCGACCUUGGCUGAGACCAGAGUCCUGAAUGACCUGCUGCUGCACAGAGACGCAGUGUGUUUGUCCAACACGCCGCCUGCAGAGAGUGCUGAUGAUUGUCCGACCGGUGCAGAAAAGGUUCAGGACUGUGACGUUCUCCUGGAGCCAACACUCCUCAGACAUCUGAGGGGAGAUGGCACCACUUUUUCCCUUUUGAAAAACUGGAGUCUGCAACUGGUAGGACUUCCCUCUCAUUUGCUUCAUUAUAUCUGCUUAUAUUCUGUUAUGGAUCAUUGUGUCAGCAUCCAGAGGCAGCAGUCUCUGCUGUCAGAGGAUGAGGAGUACACCACGGGGUCAGAGGUCACUGAAGAUGAAGUGGGGGACGAAGAGGAGCUGUCCAAGAAACAAGCUGCUAAAAAGGCCAAGAAGGCCCACAGACCUCUGAAAAAACAAGUGUCCUCUCCAAACUUCCAACGCAGAGACAAACCAGAGAAAUCACAGUCCAGAGACAACACACCUUUCACGGUGAGUGUUCAGAAAAGUAAGUGGGACAGUUCUCGCUCCAUGCGGUACAACCAGGACGCUCAGAGAGAAGAAGACCAGCGUCGCAUGGUGGAGAUCAUCGGCUACUUGACCAAGAUGAGGUUUGGCGAUCAGGAGCAGAGCAAAUCCAAGGAUACUAAAGAGCCGGCAGGGGGAAUCUACUGCAGACUGGAAGCGCAGUUCAAAAGUACCUCUCAAUCAAGACAGAGUUCAGAGAAGACACCCAGAACUAAAAUACGCUACGCUCAGAUCCGGACAACCUAGAAGAUUCGAUGAAGAAAAAGCAGCUGAACUGUUUAAAAGAUGAGCAGGAAAACAGAUGAAGAGGCAAGAUGUUUUCUGUGAGGGCUAGGUUUCCUAACAUAUCGUCCUACUGGCAGUGCCUCUAGCACGGCCGCCGCUCAUACCCCAGCUGUGCUUCAACCCUCAUCAGCCCACCCAGCACGGACUCUCUCCUCCCCCUCAGCCCUUGUCAGUCCUGCUCCUUUCCCUCUGUGCUUAACUCAGGUGACUAUGUACGGAUCACCAUCCAUUGCAUCCCGUGUCACUCAGCUAGGGUUUAUUUGUGCAGCUGUGCUCAGUCCAUGAAAAACAAGCAGCACUCUGGAUCCAGAUCAGCUCUUAGGAAAUGCACUUUGACUGAUCGACCUCUUGAGUGUUUCUCUAGGAUUUAUUUUUGGAGUUCAGACAAGUGGACAACACAAGAAAUGCUUGUUUAGUUAACUGACAAUUUACCUGACAACCUGACUUGUUUGGAUCCAGUAAACCUCGCACUUCUGGGACUGAAAUGCUAGUUUCCGAGUAGAAGGAGAAGCUUAAGUGUUUCAUAGUAGGUAAAGAAAUGUUUACUGCAUCAACACAGUUCAGCUUGUGUCAGGUAAGCUGCUGAUCACAGUCCAUCACUACAUGAAAUUGACUUGUAUUAACUCUCUCUGCCUGCUGCCAGACGGACGCUAAAAUUGAAACAGAUGUUAAAAUAAUUUACACAUGUCGCCCCCUACAGUUCUGGUAGAGAUAUAGUUAAAGUCAUUCCUAUCUGUGACUGUACUGUUCAAUACUGGGACCAAUAAACAUGAAUGAACUUCA